UUUUUUUUCUACCCAACUGUCAACUUUUUUUCUUUCUUUCUUCUUUCUUCAUUGAAGGAAAAAAAAACUCAUUACCAUGUUGGUACUCCCUGGAACCUCUGCUCUUUCUGAAUUUAAGAGCCAAAGCUUGUUGAAGAACCUUCAAAAGACAAGCCCUUCUGUCACUUCUGUUUCUGGACUUCAAGUACAUUUUGUCAACCCAAGAAAUGAACAAGCUCUACAAGUAGUGUCAGACUCUUCUUCUGAAAAGCAUGUGAUUCUCAAGAGCUUACUUCAUUAUGGCUCCAAUCCUAUUGCUGCCGACCAAGCAAAGACCAUUGAAACCUUCUUGGACACCAAUAUUCAACCUGAACAAGGCAUUGUUGUUCUCAUUGUUCCUCGCGCUGGUACAAUCUCUCCUUGGUCUUCCAAAGCUACCAACAUUGCUCAUCUUUGUAACCUACAUGACCAAGUCGAACGUAUUGAACGUGGUGUUGCUUAUUUCAUUCAAGGUGUUUCUGAAUUAGCUGAUAUCAAUGUGAAUCUUUUACACGAUAGAAUGACACAAUUGGUCCUUACUACUGUUCCUCAAGCCGACUCCAUCUUUCAACAUGGUAAACCUGCUCCUUUGACCGUGGUUGAUUUACUUAGUGGUUCCGGUAAUGCUGAUAUUGCCCGUGAAAAACUCGUACAAGCAAAUGCUGAACUUGGUUUGGCUUUGGCUACGGAUGAAAUCGAUUAUUUGAUCUCUGCUUUUGUUGGUCAAGAAGAUGAUGCUGCCCUUCGUCGUAAUCCUACUGAUGUUGAACUCUUCAUGUUUGCUCAAGUCAACUCGGAACAUUGUCGACACAAGAUUUUUGGUGCUGAUUGGACUAUUGAUGGUGAACUCAAGCCUCAUUCUCUUUUUGGUAUGAUUAAGAACACUCACAAACUUAAUCCCAAGUAUACUUUGUCUGCUUAUUCUGAUAAUGCUGCUGUAUUGGAAGGUUUUAAAGCUACUCGAUUUGCUCCUUCCUCUAAAGUUGGAAAUACUUAUGAACAUUUUGAAGAAGACGUUCAUUACAUUGCCAAGGUGGAAACUCAUAAUCAUCCUACUGCUGUCUCUCCCUUCCCUGGUGCAUCUACUGGUUCAGGUGGUGAAAUUCGUGAUGAAGGUGCUGUUGGACUUGGAUCAAAACCAAAGGCUGGUUUGGUAGGUUUCACUGUGUCAAAUUUAUUGAUUCCUGAUAAUAUACAACCUUGGGAAACUGAUUUUGGAAAACCUGGUCAUGUUGCAUCUGCUUUUGAUAUUAUGAUGGAAGCUCCUUUGGGUGGUGCUGCUUUCAACAACGAAUUUGGUAGACCUGCUCUUACUGGUUAUUUCCGUACUUUUGCUGAACAAGUACCUGUGGAUGAAAAUACUUCUGAAGUCCGUGGUUAUCAUAAACCUAUCAUGAUUGCUGGUGGUGUCGGUAGUAUUCGUCCAUCUCACGUAUUAAAACACUCCAUCAACCCUGGUGCUUAUUUGAUUGUCUUGGGUGGUCCUAGUAUGUUGAUUGGUCUUGGUGGUGGUGCUGCUAGUUCCAUGGCUUCUGGUCAAAGCAGUGCAGAUCUUGAUUUCGCCUCUGUACAACGUGAAAAUCCUGAAAUGGAACGUCGUGCUCAACAAGUGAUUGAUUUUUGUAAUGCGCUUGGUGAUGAUACUCCUAUCGAAUCUAUUCAUGAUGUUGGUGCUGGUGGUUUAUCAAAUGCUUUACCUGAAAUUGUUCAUGACAGUGAUCUUGGUGCUGAAAUCGAACUUCGUCAAAUCCCUUGUGAUGAUUCAAGUAUGUCUCCUAUGGAAAUCUGGUGUAAUGAAUCUCAAGAACGUUACGUACUUGCUGUGUCUCCCGAAAGAUUGGCCAUCUUUGAAGAAUUCUGUGCUCGUGAACGUUGUCCCUAUGCUAUUGUUGGUAAAGCCACUGCUGAAAAACGAUUAGUUGUGAAGGAUUCUUUGUUAGGUAAUGUACCCAUUGAUCUUCCCAUGCCUGUCUUAUUUGGUAAACCUCCCAAGAUGUCUCGCAAGACAGAAUCUCGUAAGCCUUUACGUCAUGCCUUUGAUGUGUCUUUGAAAUCUUAUCUUCCUAAUGCUUCGGUGAUGGAUGCUCUUCAAGAUGCUGCUUCUCGUGUCAUGCAAUUACCCUCUGUGGCUUCUAAAUCUUUCUUGGUAACCAUUGGUGAUCGAUCCAUUACUGCCUUGGUUGCUCGUGAUCAAUUUGUUGGUCCAUGGCAAGUACCUGUAGCUGAUGUAGCUGUUACUACUACUUCUUUAGGAAAGGAUAUCAUUACUGGUGAAGCAAUGGCGAUGGGUGAACGUACUCCUUUGGCUUUAUUAUCUCAAGCUGCUUCUGCUCGUAUGGCUGUAGGUGAAUGUUUGCUCAACAUGGCAGCUGCCAAUAUUCAAGAUACUGGUCGAAUUCGUAUGUCUGCUAACUGGAUGUGUGCUGCUGAUCAUGCUGGUGAAGGUGCUGGUCUUUAUGAAGCUGUACAAGCCAUUGGCCUUGAUCUCUGUCCUGCUCUAGAUAUCGCCAUCCCUGUUGGAAAGGAUUCCAUGUCAAUGAAAAUGAAAUGGAACAACGAUCAAGGUCAAUCAUCUGAAGUCACUGCACCAUUAUCUCUUAUCAUCACUGGAUUUGCACCUGUCAUCAACAAUCACAAGACAUUUACACCUCAAUUACACAACAAACCCAACACUGUUCUAGUAUAUAUUGAUUUGGCGAAUGGAAAACAACGAUUGGGUGGAUCUGCUUUGGCUCAAGUAUACAAACAAAUUGGCUCAGAAGCACCUGAUGUGGAAGACGCUCUUUUACUCAAAAACUUUUUCAAUGCUAUGCAAGUUGUCAAGGAAGGUGAUGUCAAGAAGAGCAUCGUGUUGGCAUAUCACGAUCGUUCCGAUGGUGGUUUGUUUACGACAAUUACAGAAAUGUGUUUUGCUGGUCAUGUAGGUGCGCAAGUGAAUUUGGAUGCUAUUACCAAGGAUGAUGAUGUAGUAUCAUGUUUGUACAAUGAAGAACUCGGUGCUGUGGUACAAGUGGAAGAAGCUCGCUUUGAUGAAUUUGUGGCACUUGUUGGCAAGGCUGGCCUGCCCAAGGAAGUGAUUCACAAGAUUGGUGUGGUAACUCAACAUGAUGCAAAUGACACUAUUGCAUUCCAUCUCAAGGGUCAAAAUGUCUUUAGUGCUGGUCGUGUAGAUCUAUUCCGUUUAUGGUCCAAGACUUCUUACCUUAUGCAAUCUGCUCGUGAUAAUGCUGAUUGUGCUCAACAAGAAUACGAUAAUGUACUCGAUGUCAAUGAUCCUGGUAUGACUUUUGAUUUGACUUUUGAUCCUGCUCAAGAUAUUCUCAAGACAGUGGCAUCUAAACAACACAAGCCCAAGGUGGCUAUUUUACGUGAUCAAGGUGUCAAUGGACAAAUCGAAAUGGCAUUCUCUUUCCAUUUGGCUGGUUUUGAAGCGGUGGAUGUGCAUAUGACGGAUAUUAUUUCUGGUAAGGUGACUCUCAAGGAUUUUGUUGGUAUUGCAGCUUGUGGUGGAUUUUCUUAUGGUGAUGUACUUGGUGCUGGUGCUGGUUGGGCUAGAUCUAUCUUACUUCAUCCUCAUGCUCGUGCCGAAUUCUCUCAUUUCUUCAACGAACGCGACAAUACAUUUGCCUUGGGUGUAUGUAAUGGUUGUCAAUUCCUUAGUCAAUUGGCUGAAUUGAUUCCUGGCGCUGAUCACUGGCCUCGUUUCGAACGCAAUCAAAGUGAACAAUUUGAAGGUCGUACUACCAUGAUUGAAAUCAAGUCGGAUGCAUCUAGUAUUUUCUUUAGUGAUAUGGGUGGUUCCAAGUUCCCUAUUGCCGUGGCCCAUGGUGAAGGUCGUGCUCAAUUCCAAUCAGAACAAUCUUAUGUCCAAUUUAACAACAAUCAUCUCACCACCGUACGCUAUGUCGAUAACUAUGGUAAUCCUACACAACGAUACCCCUUCAAUCCCAAUGGUUCUCCUGAUGGUAUUGCUGGUAUCCGCACUCCCAAUGGUCGUGUCUUGGCCAUGAUGCCUCAUCCUGAACGUGUCAUUCUCAAGGAAAGCAACUCUUGGUAUCCUGAAAAUGAAACAUGGGGUCAAUCUGGUCCUUGGUUACGUAUGUUCUGCAAUGCUCGCAAAUGGGUUGGUGACAACUAUUAGAUCAUAUACUUUAUUUAUUUAUUUUUCAUCAUCCUUUUUUAUUAUUAUUAUUAUUAUUUUAUAUUAUUUUGUUUUUUUGUACACAUUAUUUUUUUUU